AUGCUUUCUGUGAAGAUAAUUUUCCCUUUCCUCAAGUGGUAUUGCCGUCGCUUCACGCCCUUGAUCCCCGGUUUUUCCAGUGGGUCCCGCAACCCAUCUUCUUCUUCUUCUCCCCCAUUCGAUGAUGACGUAAUGGGCCGGAUAUUCAGCAGCCUACUCAUCGGGCAACGAGCCCGCAUGAGGCUCGUCUGCCGCUCGUGGAAGGACACGAUAGACCGGGCUGAUUUCCCCGUCCGGCCCGAGCCACCGUGGCUCAUCACACCCCAUCACGAGCCCACCUUCCCCGCCUGCCUAACCCUCGAGUCCCCAUCCGAGAACCGCAAGUACCGCCACCGUCUGCCCCCCCACCUCGUCUCCGGCGGCCGCCGCUGGUCCUGCCGCGGCUCCGGCUGCGGAUGGCUUCUCCUGGUGGGCCACACCCCAGCCUCCGGCCACCGGUCAACAGAGAUGGUCUUGUGGGACCCACUGUCUGGCGCCACCCAAUCCCUCCCUUCUGUCACCACCCUCCCCUUCUUCGACGAGCUGGCGACCGGCUGCCGCAAGCACGAGCUCGACUUCUCCUCCCCUCUCGUGACCUCCCGAGCCCGGGUUUCUCACUCCUCCACGGUGGCCGUCGUCUUCUCGCUGGUCGACGACGAGUAUAUCCACCGCAACGCAUGGGACCGGCUAGCGGUCUGCUCGCCCGGUGACCCGACUUGGACCGCCGUGCUCCCGAACAACAACAACGACGACGGCGAAACCAACCGCUACUCGGAUAUCCUCUUCCAUGGUGGGAGGCUCUUCGCCGUGUGCCCACCGUGGGACCCGGGGAGCCGCCCGUUUGUCUCGAAAACGAGCACUCACACGCUCGCAAGUAGUGCUAACUUGGAGGUGGUGACGUGUGAGCUGGCAUACGGUGGCGACUUUUCGGAAUCUGACGAGGACGAGGACAAUGAUGUGGUCGGGUUAUCCGAUGUGUUGAAGGAUUGGAUCGUGGCGGAGCACUUGGUGGGGUGUGAAGAAGACGACGAGUUGCUGCUCGUGAGCUCGACUCUCGACUUGUUCUCCCACAACUUUGAUAUGGGCGGCGGGAAAACACGGGUAUACAAAUGCCCGCAGACUAGACGAUUCGAGGUUCGUCGGUUGAGAGUGAAUGGGGAUGGAUUAUUAUUAUCAUCAUCAUUGGAAAAGGUGGAGCAAAUGGGAGACAAGUGUAUAUAUUUGGGAGAUACGGGUUCGAUUUCGAUGGAAGGGGUCUCGGAGGACGACGAACCUAACUGCAUUCGUUACGCGACGAUGGAUGGUGUGGGGAUGUUCAGGGACACUAGUAUUUUUAAUCCCGACAAUAUGUACAGCGUUCACGAAAUUGGUGUUUUCAACGUGGCAGAGGAGAGGAUACAAAGGACUUGUAUGAUAACCACGAAAACUCAACUAGGAUCUUGUAGCGGUUGGUUCACGCCGGCAUUACGAUUUUGA